GCCGACUGGCCAAUGGGAGGCGGGGAGGGCGACGGGCACUUCCGGCACUUCCGGUGCGGCGGCUGAGGGGAGCGGAGCGAGCAGCGAUGCCGGAGAGGGACGGUGAGCCGUUCUCCAACCCCCUGGCCCCCGAUGGCCACGAUGUGGACGACGCUCACUCCUUCCACCAGUCCAAACUCACCAAUGAAGACUUUCGAAAGCUUCUCAUGACCCCGCGGGCAACACCAACAUCAGCGCCGCCAUCCAAAUCUCGCCACCAUGAGAUGCCCCGGGAGUACAAUGAAGAUGAAGAUCCAGCUGCUCGCAGAAGGAAGAAAAAAAGCUAUUAUGCAAAGCUGCGUCAACAGGAGAUAGAGCGUGAAAGAGAGUUGGCUGAGAAGUACAGGGAUCGAGCCAAGGAGAGAAGAGAUGGUGUGAACAAGGACUACGAGGAAACAGAGCUGAUCAGCACAACUGCAAACUACAGGGCUGUGGGGCCCACUGCAGAGGCGGAUAAAUCUGCUGCAGAGAAGAGGAGACAGUUGAUCCAGGAGUCCAAGUUCUUGGGUGGUGACAUGGAGCACACUCACUUGGUGAAGGGUCUGGACUUUGCCCUGCUGCAGAAGGUACGGGCUGAGAUUGCCAGCAAAGAGAAGGAAGAAGAGGAAAUGAUGGAGAAGCCUCAGAAAGAAACCAAGAAAGAUGAAGAUCCAGAGAACAAAAUUGAAUUUAAGACUCGGUUGGGUCGAAAUAUCUACCGCAUUCUAUUCAAGAACAAAGCCUAUGAGAGGAAUGAGCUGUUCCUGCCAGGAAGGAUGGCUUAUGUGGUAGAUCUAGAUGAUGAGUACGCUGAUACUGAUAUUCCCACCACGCUGAUCCGGAGCAAGGCUGACUGCCCCACCAUGGAGGCACAGACUACGCUGACCACAAAUGACAUCGUCAUCAGCAAGCUGACACAGAUCCUCUCUUAUCUCAGGCAAGGAACCCGCAACAAGAAGCUCAAGAAGAAAGACAAAGGGAAGCUGGAUGAGAAGAAACCCCCUGAAGCUGAUAUGAACAUCUUUGAAGACAUUGGGGAUUAUGUCCCCUCCACUGCAAAGAUGCCACGGGAUAAGGAACGGGAGAGAUACCGUGAGAGAGACCGGGACAGGGAGCGGGAACGGGACAGGGAGCGUGAGAGGGACCGGGAGCGUGACCGGGAGGAGGAGAAGAAGAGGCACAGCUACUUUGAGAAGCCCAAAGCUGAUGAUGAGCCCACAGACAUUGACAAAGGACCUGGCUCUGCCAAAGAGCUCAUCAAGUCCAUCAAUGAGAAGUUUGCUGGAGCUGCUGGCUGGGAAGGAACAGAGACAUUGAAGAAGCCAGAAGACAAGAAGCAGCUGGGAGACUUUUUCGGCAUGUCAAACAGCUACGCAGAGUGCUACCCUGCUACAAUGGAUGAUAUGGCUGUGGACAGUGAUGAAGAGGUAGACUACAGCAAGAUGGAUCAGGGUAACAAGAAAGGGCCUUUGGGUCGCUGGGACUUCGAUACCCAGGAGGAAUACAGUGAAUACAUGAACAACAAAGAGGCUCUGCCCAAGGCAGCCUUCCAGUAUGGGAUCAAAAUGUCUGAGGGACGCAAAACCCGUCGCUUCAAAGAGACGAAUGACAAGGCAGAGCUGGACCGGCAGUGGAAGAAGAUCAGUGCAAUCAUUGAGAAGAGAAAGAAGCUGGAGGCUGAUGGGGUGGAGGUGAAAAGGCCCAAGUACUGAGGCUGUAGCUGCCUGCUUUACAUCUGAUCCUUCUGCUGCUGGAGCUUCGUCCUGCUGGAUGCAGUGUUCCCAGAGCACGGUUGUGCCUCUGCCUGGGCUGCCACCCCUUCACCCCCACACUGGCUUACUUCCUGUUCUGGGCAGCACACGUAGCCCAGCCUCGUGCUGCGUGGCUGCGCUGGGGGCUCUCUCCUUGAGUUUGUUGUACAGCUUGUGAUUUGCAACCCUCGUAGAUGUAAUAAAAUUACUCUCAAGGCUUA